AUGGUUCGGUCUUUAAUCCAUCUUCCAGACGAGAUCCUGAAUUCAAUUCUAUGUUACUCCUCUCCACAAUCGUGUGUCGCCGUUGAACAAACCAACUCUCGAUUUCGAAAUGUAACGAAUGAACCUCUACUAUGGCGUCACCAUUGCCAGUCGCAUUAUAGGUUUUGGGAUGGACGGCAUGAUAUACACCAAAGGCUUGCCUACCCAGUGAACUUCACCGAUUGGAAGGCGCUCUUCGUAUCCAAACACCAGGUCGAUCGCUCUGUCACUCGGCUUCUCGAUAGUAUUAUUGGUAGCCAGACGGGCCGGAUCGAAAAGUUUCGCCGCGUCAUCGAACUGGGAUACGAUGCAAAAGAUACUAUUUUGCGACAUACUCAAGUAGAGUCCGGGGAUGAUCAUUUGGCUAGAAGGUGGGCUACUGAUUCUAUGCGAAUUUUGCCUUGUGCCAACCACAAAAGGUACUAUGCCCGCGCGCUCUUGACUUGCCUGCACCGAAGCAUUGCCAUACCGGAAUGGGCAAAGCUCAAACGUGGAGAUCCCGUGUCACUUGACCGAGCGUUAGGCUGCUUUGAUCUCUUUAUAUCCGAAAAUGGAACUGAGGAUUUGAAUGAAAUACGAGGUUCUCUCGAUGGAAUUCUCAAACGCUUUGUCGCGUCUCAUCCUGACCUUGACCUCUUCACGCCUCGUCAGAAGGCACGGGCUAUAGCAUCAUGGCUAAGUGCGAAUGGUCUCACAGGCAUCGAUCCGCAACGAGAAUACCAUUCUUUGGAGCACAAUUUCUUAGGGAUGGCCUUGAAAAGUCCAGGUCAUAAUUCUCUGCCCUUGGUGUCGGCUGCGAUAUACUGCUUCGUCGCCCAGGGAAUCGGUCUAGACGCCCGUCCUUGUGGAUUUCCAUUCCAUGUGCAUGUGAUCGUUAACCCACGGCCAGGCUCAGACAUGGACGGCAAUGCAUUGUUCAGAAUAGAGCCAGGGGAGCCCCUUUAUUUGGACCCAUUUCGCGGCGGAAUGGAGACUCCAGCAUCGAGCCUGCGAGACCAAUUGUCCUUCUUGGGCAUGUCCAAUAUGGAUCAAAAUGCAACUUUGGGGGCAGCCUUGACCUCGAGUCUUGUCUUGCGCUGUGGUAAAAACAUAUUGAACUCAGUCCGUGCGGAGCCUCGAAAUCCCACUCUCCACACUACUGCCAUAGAUGUCAUGAGCGCAAAGUAUGCAGCGCUCUGGUCUGUGAUGCUGCUAUCUAGUGAUUCACAGCCGAUGGAUCUACGACAUCAGUUGCCAUGGCUUAUGGAACUAUUCGCUGCGGACUUUCCUUCUGAUAUAUUUCUAGUCGAACAGUAUAUUGCUCCUCUGUUUCUCGGCUUGUUUGAGCAUGAGCAUAUACUAGAGAGCCUUCAUGUGAUGAAAGCUGUGGAUGGGAUCCCAAAACAGGUCCGGAGGCGAAGCCGCGGUAACGCAAAUGUACAAUACCUAGUGGGUCAGGUUUUCCGGCAUCGUCGCUAUCACUACGAGGCUAUCAUUACUGGCUGGGACUCAGAAUGUGGCGCAGGUGAACAGUGGAUGAGAAGGAUGGGCAUUGAUCGAUUAGAAGCUGGUAGGCACCAGAGCUUCUAUCAUGUGCUGGUGGCUGAUCGAAGUGUCCGAUACGUGGCCGAAGAAAAUAUUGAAGUAAUUCUUCCUCGGUUCGCAGACUUGCCAAGUGGUUUGAUUGCUAUUGCGGGUAAGCAUUUUAAACGGUGGGAUCAGAGGAAGAAGAUGUUUGUGAGUAAUAUGAAGGAUGAAUACCCUGAUGAUUAG